AUGCACCCCAACAUCCCGAAGGUGCUGGCCAUCAACAGCGCCCUCCCGUCUAUGCCCAUUCUCAUGGAGUUGGGCUUCUGCGACACGGUGGAUGUGCUGGAGAGCACCGACGUGCCAAUGCCCCACAAAAUGGGCAUUCUCUACGAUGCAGCGUGCGGCCUGGCGCACAUUCACGACGACGGCAUGAUCCACCGCGACAUCAAGGCCGCCAACAUCGGUGUGAUGGUAAAUGAGGACGGCAGUGCGUCAGGAAAGGUGGCCGAUUUUGGGCUCACGUGCGAGAAAGGGGAAGCGACUCCGUCGAGGACGGGGACGCCGGGGUACAUCCCCUCCGAACUCGUGUGGAGUGCUGUGGAGGCCGGGCCGGAGAACGACGUGUUCUCGUUCGGAGUGCUGAUGUUGGAGGCAUUCAUCCAACCCGAUCUGCGGGAGAACAACAUGUUUCUUCACAGAGUGAGUGGCAGCAGAAUGGAGUCGGCACACGGGAGGCAUUGUACCGGCGGUGGAGUAUGCCUUCUAAGAGCCAAUCGAUGGCUUGUUGUUGUUCAUGCACCGUGUGUGUAGUCGGACCCACGCUAGCUACAUCAAGCAGCAGGAACGGCAGGACAGACGGCCACCCACCCCCCAGAUGUACCCAAGCGUACCGCGUAUUUGUGUCGGUAAUUCCACGAGGCACCGGGUUGUUCGUGACCAGAACACGUGGAUAGGCCAGAGAUAUAGUAGCACUACGACCGUUCAAACCUAGAUGAAAAACCCUUGCCAUCAGGAUCAGUACUACUUUUGUUUCCAUGCGCCUUGAAGAGUAGGGAACAACAGAUACUGGAUAGAGAGAGGGUCAGAACGGUUUGUAGCGUCAAGACAACAGUGACACCACCAUUAUCCAUGUGUAGGACAAAUAUCAAUAAUGCCAGCCCCGUGACCUCCGCCCCAGCAUGGCGUCCUUGAUCAACAUGCUCAAGUUCCUCAAGGAGAACAGGGAGCCGCCUCCGAUGGCAAUGCUGUUGUGCAUGUGAAAGACCGAAGGGCAUAGACGAUAAUGAAAAGAUUGAUGAAGAAGCGGGGAAGGCGGUGAUGUGGGUAGACGUACACCCCACUCACCGUUUCGUUGACGUGGUGAUCCACCACCCUUUGGGGUCAAAUUUUUUGCUCUGUCUGCGCCACUAACCCGUGUGUCACAUUGAUCAACAUGUGUUCACCCCGAGGAAUGAAUGUUGGACACUCAUGUAUUGUACCACGACUUGGCUAUUCUAGAGUGGCAGAAGCAGAGCGACAAGGCUAGCCAAUCUGAAUGGAAGAGAGGUGUUCGAGAGGGAGAGGGGGGGGGUUCGUGUGUGUACGAACACAACUCCACCUUAUUCCUGCACGAGAUGGCUGGAGUCGGUGCCUUCUUGGCAGCCGUGCGCCCAUGGUUGAUUUGGAGCAGUGUGAUGAUAUUUGUGAAUAGAAAAGUUGGCCCCGUUCCCGUGGACAGGGAAGGUGCAAGUGUCUGUCACAGCUACGCACGCAGGAGGAAAGUAUCUCAACUUCACACCUCUGUAUUUGCUGCAAAAUCGUUGGUUCUUGCGUUUUCUACUGGGGAACUUGGCAUGAAUGCGCUCGGUCUUCGGAGUGGUGAAUUGCGAAGAACAAUAGAACCGAAGUUGGGUUGACGUUUAGAUCAUGGCAUGAAACAGAAUGUGUAUUUACGUGUGUGGAAUUCUCAGAGAGCGGCGGCGAUAGAAGAGGCGCAAUGCACCGAGAGUGUUCCCGUACAAAUGGCAGAGGGCGGUGUCACUGUCGCAUUCAUUUCGGUGUUCCGACAGCUGUGCUUGUGGGCCUUCCCCGCCCCCUUCUCGGUCGGUUGUCCUCCAAAUGG